CAAGACAGUCGAGAACCCGGCAGCCUAUGCCCGGUAGCCUGUAGCCAGGCAGCUGUUCUGAUAAACCCGGAACUACGCGUUAAAGUUACCCAAGCCUUUGACGUAUAGCUCAUAGAUAGACUUCAACUGUCUAUGGAAAUAGAUGCCAACACUACAUUACAUCGAAUGGUAAAAUUCAACACAAGAGGACACGUUUGUUCAGAAUCCGCGCAGCACGUGUACAUCAAAUUGUUUUUUCCGGCAUGAGGGCGUUGACUUUACACACUGCAAAUGUUGCCCAAGGAGAGCAGCAUCAGGCCAUAUGUGGGAGAAGUCUAUCCUCCAACUAUGCUCCUCUGAGUCUGGAGAAUAAAUUCUUGGCUCAGACCUCCACACUGAUGCCCCAGCGCUGCUCCCCACUCUUUGCAGCACAGCCUUCUUGCCCCUCUCUCCAGCCCUCCAGUCUGUCUUCCACUUCAUCCUCCCUUCUCUCCACCUCUUCCUUGUCCCCUUCCCUCACAUCUUCUCUUCUCAGCACCGAGAACAAGCUCCUAAGCAGACAUUCCCCUGAUCUCUCUUUUUCCCUCACCUCCUCUACAACUGCCUCAAAUGCCUCUCUGCUCCACACAUCCCUGGCCAGCAGUGCACGGCUCAGUCCCUUUGCUCAUCCUCCUUCAUUCCUUCAUCAUGCUCUGGGUGGAGAACAGCAGAGAGAGGAUGGAGGAGAUGAAGGCAGGGAGGAAACAUCUGAAAUGAUGCAGUCCUGUUUGGAAGAAACAAGUGUGCAGUAUCCUGAAGAAGAGGAUGUUUUGCUGGAAGGCAAGAAGGAUGCUCGGGCAACCAUGGAAUUACCUGUCCUGGAAACCGACUCGGGCAGCCAAGAACUCAAGCAAACUAUGGUCAUCAGACAGGAGGAAUUCGCUGAGCUUGAAAGAGGAAAUGAAAACAUCGAAGAAGAGCUAAAAGAUAAAAAGUACCUCCUGCUGAACUUGGUGUGUUGCUCCCUGGUCAAUAAGAACACAGCUCCAGGCCAGGAGAACUGGGACUUAGAUAACAGUGUUUGGACUAAGAUCAUAAACCUGGCGAAGGACAUUUCUGUCUGUGACCCACAGUUUCUUCUUAAGGUGGCAGUUUACACUCGACAGGAGUUGAACAUCCGGAUCACAGCCAACUUCCUAUUGGCUCUGGCUGCCAAUCAGCCUUCCACCAAGCCACAUGUGCGCAGAUACUUCUGUGCUGCUGUACAGCUGCCCUCCGAUUGGCUAGAAGUAGUCAGAAUCUUUAGUACAUGCUUCAGUCGCUCCCUGCCAAUGUGCCUGAAGAAGGCAAUGGCUGACAAGUUCAAGCAGUUCAACGAGUAUCAGCUGGCCAAAUACAACACACGCAAACACCGCUGUAAACACAGCCGCAACAAGCGCAAAGCCAAGAAACCAAAUGCUCAGCAGCUGAAACAGUGGGCGAACCUGCUCAGAUCAGAUGAAUCUGUUCUGAAGAAGUUUAUGCAGGGAGACGGCAGCAAGGCGGUGGUAGAUAAAAAGCAGAGUGAAUUCACUAUUAAGAAGAUGAUCAAGAGGCUACACAUUAAAGAACCGGCUGAACACGUUAUGGCAAUUCUGGGGAAAAAGUAUCCUGCUGAUCUGAAGACGUUCACCCACAGUGGAAUAAAGGGUGCAUGGGACAGGGAGAGAGCCGGGAAGAGAAUGAAGCUCAAAGAGCCAGAGACGUGGGAACGGCUGCUCAGUCGGGAGGGCAACAAGGCCUCCACCUGGGAGAAGCUCAUAGAUAAUAAGUCUCUUCCAUUCAUGGCCAUGCUGAGGAACCUGAGGAACAUGAUCACUAAAGGCAUCAGUGAGGCUCAUCACAAGAAGAUCCUCAGCAGACUGACCAACAAGAAAGCAGUUAUUCAGAGCCGUCAGUUUCCCAUCAGAUUUCUCGCUGCCUACAAAGUCAUCAUGGAACUCAACACUUUGGCCUCAGCAUCAGAGAAAGCUGUCCCCCCUGUUAAAGAGAUCCUGAAGGGCAUCCUGAAUAAGAUUCCCAAAAGUAAGCGCUUCAAGUGUCUGGAUUGGAACACGACUCCGAGGAGCCGGCUGAGGGUGACGCUUGGAGUACCAUUUAUCUAUCGACUCUACCGAGCCAAGAAGGACCAGCUACUAAAGGCCAAUCAGAGGCGGUACACUGUCGCUCUGUUGGACCGCUACCGCAAAGCUCUGGAGACGGCGGUGCAGCUCUCCUGUCGUUACAAUGUUCCCCCGCUCCCUGGACGCACCAUUAUCCUGCUCCCCGCUAGGAUGUACGCUGAGGACGACUGGGGUCAGAAACAAGACUUCUGCCUCCCACCAGACCCCGAGCAAAAUAACGAUGAGGAGACAGAGGAAGAAGAAGAAGAGAGCGGGAGGGAGAAGAAGAAGGAAGAGCAGGACAAGCUGACUCCUUCUAUAAUGGAGGUGGCAGUUUUGCUCUCUCUGAUGAUUGGCAGCAGCGCAGAGGACAGUCAGAUCUGCAUUUACGAUUGGAAUUGCAGUCAAGAAGUCAAGCUGAAGUCUGAUAUUCUUUUGGAUAAUGUCAGGAGUGUGAUGAAGCAAAUACAGGUACUAACAGAGACGCCAAGUGAAAACCUGGACCGGUUUACCAUCCGAAGAAUGUUAACCAAGAAAAACAAGGUGGACAACAUCAUCAUGCUAACUGACCACUGUGUCAAUCAUGAAGUGGAGUGGGCCAUCAACAGCUACCAGAAGGACGUAAACAACAAAGCCCUUGUGGUUCAGAUCUUCUUGUUACAGAGUAUGCCAGACGAGGUAAUCCCUGAAAGGAACUGUGUGAAGCUGUCCGGCUUCAGUGAACAAAUGCUGAGGUUUGUGGCAGAACGAGGAUCAUCCAGGCUGCUGGACCAUGUUGAACAUUUAGACAAACUGUACAACGUCCCACCACCAGAGGGACAUAAAGGCCCUCAGACCGCAAAUAAUGUUGUUCCAAUACCAGCCAGCCCCAACUUAAGGUGGCGAGGCGUUCGUGUGUUUAUCUCCUCCACCUUCAGAGACAUGCAUGCCGAGCGCGACAUCUUGGUGCGGAGCGUGUUCCCAGAGCUCCGGCGUCGUGCUGCGCCGCACUGCCUAUACCUGCAGGAGGUAGAGCUGCGUUGGGGCGUGACAGAGGAGGAGUCGGGCCGGGCCACCGAGCUGUGCCUGUCAGAGGUGUGUCGCAGCCAAAUGAUGGUAGGCAUCCUGGGGGAGAGGUACGGCCUGGUGCCUCCUAAGCCUGUCCUGCCUGACCUGCCACAGCACAGCUGGCUGGCGUCGGCCCCAGCAGGCCUGUCCAUCACAGAGAUGGAGAUUCGUCAGUUCCAGGCUCUUUACCCCGACACAGUACAACAGCGAAUGCUCGGCUACUUCAGAGAUCCAAACAUCUCCAAAUUAGUUCCUGUGGCGUGGAAAUCUGACUUUGUUGCUGAAUCGAAGGAGGCUGAGUGUAAAAUGGCCUCUCUGAAGAAUAGCAUCAGGGCCAGUGGAGUCAAAGUCACUGAAAAUUACUCGUGUGAGUGGGGCGGCGUUGUGGGGGGGAAUCCCUAUCUGAAAAACCUGGAGGACUUUGGCAAAGCUGUGCUGGAAGACCUGUGGGCGGCUGUAGUAAAGCAGUUUGUGGAAGAGGAUGCCGAGGCAGAGGCUUUGUCCGAUGUGAUGGAGCAGGAGUUGCACCAGGGGGCGUUGCAGAGGCAGUUCUUCGGCAGGGCCAAGCAGCUGUCUGGGGCUGUGGAGAUAGUGGAGCAGGCCCAGGCCAAAGGGGGUAUUAUGGUGGUGGAGGGAGGACCUGGAGAGGGCAAAACUGUCUUCAUGGCUGCUCUAGCAGACACCCUCAGGGCUGGAGGGAAGUCCAGGAAAAACCUUGUCUGUGAUGUCAUCUCCUACUCUACAGCUGCCAGCCAAUCAGCACGCUCUGUGGGAAACCUACUUCGAUGCCUCGUUCAGUGGUUGAGGAAGAUGAAGGACACUGAGGAGGAAUCACCUCUUCCCCGUUCUAACAAAGAUUUGCUGUCAGAAUUUCACUCCAGUUUGAGUGACAUAAAGAAGACUAAACCUCUAGUGCUGCUCGUCGAUGGGGUGGAUCUUGUCCAAGAUGGAAGAGGUCAGCUCAGCUCGGAUUGGAUCCCACAGCAGCUUCCGCAGGGUGUUUGUUUGGUAGUUAGCAUCCCAACCAAAGCAGCGCUGUUACAAACCCUGGCCAAGAAAAGAAGCACCGUCCUGUUUUCACUGGGACAGCUUACCAUGCCGGACCGGAGGGAGAUAGUUCAGAAGGGCCUGGACACUUUUGGGAAGAAACUCAGUGACUCUGCAUUCAACAACCAGCUCCAGGUGCUGAUAAUGAAGAAGGGAGCAUCCAGUCCUCUCUACCUGCACCUAGCCUGUGAAGACCUGAGGAACUUUGCCUCUUUUGAUAAGUUGAAGGAGAGCCUUCAGGGCUUGCCUCAGUCUCUGAGCCAGUUGGUGCAGUACAGCCUGGACAGAGUCUGCUCCCAGUACAGAGGAAUGCUGGGACUUCGUGGGGCUCUGGCAGCUCUCACUGUCAGCACCGCUGGCCUGAGGGAGAGAGACUUGUACUCUGUUCUGAACACAUGCAAUGACUUGUCCUCACGGGACGGGCAGGUCACAUGGCAGGAAGUACUGCAACUGUCCAGGAAGCCCAAAACACGCAUUCCCAUGGCAACUUUCACCCGUAUAGUGCAGAGCUUACAAAGUCUAAUUGGUCCGUCUCAUUGCCACGACACUGACGACCUGCUGGCUCUAACCAACCCGGAGGUGCGGAGGGCCUUUGAGGACUUCCUCAUGCCAACAGAAAGUGACAGAACCAGAGCUCACCUCGUACUGGCAGCUCAUCUGUGGGCCCUAGCCAACCCGCAGGGCACAGAUACCUUCCUUCACUGUGAGGCCAACUCUGUACUGCACCUGCCUUCCAGCCUGAUUCAAAGUGGCCAGCUGGAGGCGCUUCAUUCCCUGCUCUCCAGCUACUACUUCCUGUAUGCUAACGUACGCCAUGGCCUCCUGCACCCCCUCCUGGAGACUUACAACUUGUACGAUAAUGAGCUUAAGUCUACACCUUCAGUUGGCUUCCAGGGUCAUCUAGACGACUGCCGGAGUUUCCUGCGGCGUCACGGCCCCCUGCUCUCCUCCUGGCCGCCUCUUUUCCUCCAGCAAGCCCUCAACGAGCCUCCAGAGACCUCUGCUCACACCUGGGCACAAGGCCUGAUGGGAAAGGAAGGUGCCCGAGUAGUUGAGUGGCUAAACAAUGACAGUCAGAGUCUUCAGGAGAACAGUGAGCUGGUGUCCACCUUCUCCUCUGAACCGACCUGUGUGGUUGUGAGCUCGGAUGGAGAGCUGAUGGUGGUCGGCACUGGACAGGGAAUGCUGCAUUUCAUCAACACUCAGACCGGACAGGAAGUAAAAUCUCUGGUGAGCAGCUGUGACGGCAUCUCCAGCUGUGUAUUUCUUAAGGAUGGACGUCUUGCUACCACCUCCUUUGAUGGACAAAUAGAGAUCUGGGACAUUGGGAAUGGCUGCAGGACUGCUCUUAUUGAGGGCCACACUAAUAUGAUAACAGCCAGUGAUAUCACUGCAGACAGGAAGAACAUUGCAACAGUGUCUCUGGACUUCAUGCUGAAAGUGUGGUCCUCUACUAAAGGUAAUGAGGUCGCGGCCCUGCCCAGCUCCAGCCCUUUGAACUGUGUGACCUUUGACCCCGAGGGUCACCUGCUGGCUGCUGGAUGCUGGAAUGGGAACGUGAUUGUGUGGAACUGGCUUCAGAACAAAACUCUCACGUUGCUGUGUGGUCACCAGCGCUCCGUGCGCAGUGUCUCCUUCUCCCCCUCCUCCUCCAUGCUGUGCUCCGGCUCCAUGUCUGGAGAGGUCAGGGUGUGGUCGGUGCCCACCUCCACCUGCGUGGCUUGUUUCCAGGCUCACUGCGGAGCCACGGAGGCCCUCACCUUCUUGGAUGAAGGGGCCAUGCUGCUGAGCGCCGGCUCUGAUCACACGCUCCAGCUCUGGUCAGGAGGACUAGGACGAUCGGUCACUACAUUAAGAAGCAAUGAAUGCCAGCAGGAGCCUCCAUUGAAGAAAAGGAAGUCUGUAACAUCUGAGGCUGCUGCUCUCUGUGUGGCUGUUAAUGGAGACUAUGCUGCUGUGGGUUACCAUGGUGAAGGACUCAAACUCUUCAGUCUGGACUCAGGUGAGAAGAUCUGGGACUCCACACUUGAUGUGUCCAUCCCGAGCCUGCUGUGGGUGGCUUUGGACGCCGAGCAGGGCGAACCUGGGCUGCUGUUGUCUGGAGGGAGUGACAAACGUGUGAGGGUCUGGAAGAGAAAGGCAGGAGAGGAGGGACUGCUGGGAGGCCUGGAAAUGUCUGGAAUGUUUGGUGUGCAACAAGGCACCAUCCUGGCUUUAGCACAAAACUCCACAUACCUGGCGACGGCUUCAGAUGACUUCACCAUUGUCCUGUGGUUGUUGAGCGAUCUGGCCCUCGACUCCUCCGUCGAGCCUCACGGGUUCCUGAGGGGCCACAGUGGGGGGGUCACCUGUCUGGCGUUCAGCCCUGAUGAUGGACAGCUACUGUCUGGGGGAAAAGAUCAGGCCCUGAUGGUGUGGGAUGUGAGUUUGUCUCCUGCUGUUCUCACUAAGUCGCUCCCUCACUCUCACAAAGACUGGAUCACUGGCUGUGUUUGGACUCCAGACUGUGUGAUUAGCUCUUCCAACGACGGGAGGCUGUGUUUGUGGGAUCUGCAGGCAGGCCAGUGUAUCCGAGAAAUCUCCUGGAGGAAUCCUCUUACAUCUGUCUGCCGUGUGGGACUGUAUGUGGUAGCCGGCUGUGCAGAGGGAGCGCUACAUGUUUGGAACUGGGAAACAAACAUAGAAAUCUGCCACAUUGCUGCGCACAAGCAACGUAUACACCACUGCUCUCUCCUCCCAAAUACAGACAAGAACAAAGACCUCAACCCAGAAGAAAUGACUGUGUUCACCGCGUCUGAUGAUGGCACAGUAAAACUCUGGAAACCACUGCAGGUGGAGCACUUUGGCACCUUCCAGGGCCACAGCGGUGCAAUACAUGGAGUUGCUCGCAAAGAAGGCGUCUCAGAAUUCCUCACUGUUUCUAAAGACUGCUCAUUGCGAUGCUGGAUAUGGGCAAUAGAGAGUCCACCCAUAGUGAAAGGCCCGGUCACAGCUCUGUGCUUCUCUCAGAGAGGGGAUUUGCUUCUUGCUGGUUAUGAAUCCGGUUUGCUGGAACUAUGGCAGCACAACACUGUGGCCGGCCACAAGCAGGCUUCAGACAGCUCAGUGACAGCAAUCUGCUCCAUGCCUGAUGGCCAGUUUGCUGUCAGCUACGCGAAGCUUGCUGUUGAUGUGUGGAAGCCGGUGUGGAAUCAACAACACGGCACUGCAAGCCUGGUGAAGGUAACCACGUACACAGUGACCGAGCCCAUGGUCCGCCUCCACUUCUGCUCCGUCCUGAUGGCUGUCUCCGACUCUGGAACUAUCUCAGAUGUCACAAAAGAUGACGUCUGGACCCCACGAUAACUAACUGGAACAGAAGUGUCAGAGUUUUGGGGUUGAUCAGUAACGACGAGAAAAGCAUGUGGCUGAUGGGCGAA